AUGGCAAACGACGAUUCUGUGGAAAGCGAGUCCGCGUUAACUGCAAACCCAGCACACAUUCACCGCAAUUCCGUUUCUUCCUCUGAGAGUCCAUCCUCGCCUGUCAAUUCGCCUCCAACGGAACAUUACGCGCCAAUACGCACUACACCAUCAGACUCCCGGGCAGAUUCUACAGAGCUAAGGUUAGAUGACGAUGGCGUCGCACGUACACUAUCUCGCCGACGCAGCUAUGCCUCCGGUCAUGAUACAAAAGGAGAGGAGUGGGCCCAAAUAGAAAGACUGAUCUCACGGAUGUUCGGCUCCGAGCGCAAAGCAAAUUCCGAAGAAGAGAAAACACGCCAUGUUGGAGUUGUUUGGAAAAAUCUCACCGUGAAGGGCGUGGGCCUUGGGGCUGCUCUUCAACCUACCAACGGGGACAUAUUUCUCGGGUUGCCACGGCUCAUUAAGCAACUAUUCAGUCGGGGCAGGAAAGGUGCCGGGACCGGAAAAGCACCGAUACGAACUAUCUUAGACGAUUUUACUGGCUGUAUUCGUCCGGGGGAGAUGCUUCUUGUUCUGGGCCGCCCUGGCUCUGGCUGUUCCACUUUCUUGAAAGCGCUCGGCAACCAACGAGCGGGCUACGAAAGCAUUGAAGGGGAUGUGCGGUAUGGCGGCACCAGUUCAGAAAAUAUGGCAAAGAAGUAUAGGUCUGAAGUCUUGUACAACCCCGAGGAUGAUCUCCAUCAUGCAACUUUAACUGUGCGAGAUACUUUGCUUUUUGCCUUGAAAUCGCGAACUCCCGACAAAGCCUCACGAAUUCCAGGCGAAAGCCGAAAGGAAUAUCAGCAGACCUUCUUGUCUGCCAUAGCUAAGCUGUUCUGGAUUGAACAUGCUCUGGGGACCAGAGUUGGCAACGAACUCAUUCGCGGAGUUUCCGGGGGCGAGAAGAAACGAACCUCAAUUGCUGAAGCCAUGGUUACAAAGGCUAGCACCCAGUGCUGGGACAACUCUACCAAGGGCUUGGACGCUAGCACUGCGCUGGAGUAUGUUCAAAGCUUACGAAGUCUAACAAACACCGCCAACGUUUCGACGGUGGUAGCUCUCUACCAGGCCUCGGAGAAUUUAUUUGAUCUUUUUGAUAAGGUGAUUCUGAUUGAAGAUGGAAAAUGCUCGUUCUUCGGACCCAGCCAAGAUGCAAAGGCCUAUUUCGAACGGCUUGGCUUUGAAUGCCCCCCGCGUUGGACAACCCCCGACUUUUUGACUUCUAUCAGUGACCCUCAUGCAAGACGUGUCAAAGAUGGCUGGGAGGACCGAAUCCCUCGAAAUGCAGCUGAAUUCCAAGCUGCGUAUCGCAAAAGUGAUACUUAUCAAGGCAACCUGGCGGACAUUGAAAGCUUUGAGGGUGAUAUCGAAUGCCAAAGACACGAGAGAGAGGCUGCAAGAAGUAAAACCAAACGGAAAAACUAUACGAUUUCAUUCUACAAACAGGUUAUGAUUCUCACACAUCGUCAGUUUCUGGUAAUGUUCGGUGACAGAGAGUCAUUGAUUGGAAAGUGGAGUGUGAUAACAUUUCAAGCCCUCAUUGUUGGUAGCUUGUUUUACAAUCUCCCAUAUACAAGCAAUGGUGUUUUCCAGAGAGGUGGUGUGAUGUUCUUUAUACUUCUUUUCAAUGCAUUGCUUGCUCUGGCAGAACUGACAGCAGCAUUUGCGGGUCGACCAAUCUUGAUGAAACAUAAAAGCUUCUCCUUCUAUCGCCCUGCGGCAUAUGCGCUUGCCCAGGUUGUGGUUGAUGUGCCUCUUGUGUUCAUACAAGUCGUUCUAUUCGAUAUCAUAGUAUACUUCAUGGCAAACCUUGCACGCACACCUUCCCAGUUCUUCAUAAAUCUACUUAUUAUUUUCACUCUCACAAUGACCAUGUACUCAUUCUUUCGUGCCCUUGGGGCUCUAUGUGCCUCAUUGGAUAUUGCCACGCGUCUCACUGGUGUCGCCAUACAGGCAUUGAUUGUGUACACAGGCUAUCUCAUUCCUCCGUGGAAAAUGCACCCCUGGUUAAAGUGGCUCAUUUGGAUCAACCCUGUCCAAUACGCAUUUGAGGCAUUGAUGGCCAAUGAGUUCUACAAUCUUCAGAUAAAGUGUGAACCACCCUACAUUGUGCCUAAUGGGCCAAAUGCGGUGCCUGGUCACCAAGCCUGUGCAAUCCAAGGCAGUGAUCCAGACCAGUUGAUUGUUCAUGGUCCCCAGUAUAUUAAAACAGCGUACAAUUACAGCAGAGCCCAUCUGUGGCGAAAUUUCGGCAUAAUCGUUGGGUGGCUCAUCUUUUUCGUCUGUUUGACAGUGUUGGGAAUGGAGUUGCAGAGACCUAACAAGGGUGGCAGCUCGGUCACGGUGUUCAAAAGAAGUGAAGCCCCAAAAGCAGUUCAAGAUGUCAUCAAACGAUCCGGCCCCCGAGAAGAUGAGGAAUCCGCGGAGAAGGACGGGGUAGCAUCCAACACAAAUGAUGGCGACAUCAGUAUAUCCAGUGACAAAGUCCAGGACAUAGCUAAAAACACCGCAAUUUUUACGUGGCAAGACGUCAACUACACCAUUCCAUACAAGGGUGGACACAGACAACUAUUGGAAAAUGUUCAUGGGUAUGUCAAGCCUGGUCGGCUGACUGCAUUGAUGGGUGCUUCUGGCUCAGGCAAAACCACCUUGCUCAAUGCCCUAGCACAGCGAAUCAACUUUGGUGUAGUCACAGGAAAUUUCCUAGUUGAUGGAAGGCCUCUCCCAAGAAGCUUCCAGAGAGCGACCGGGUUUGCGGAGCAAAUGGACAUUCACGAACCCACCGCUACAGUGCGGGAAUCUCUUCGGUUCUCUGCUCUCUUGCGGCAACCAAAAGAAGUCCCAUUACAAGAAAAAUAUGAUUAUUGUGAGACAAUCAUUGACUUGUUAGAAAUGCGGUCCAUCGCCGGCGCAACUGUUGGAUCUGCUGGGUCAGGCCUCAACCAGGAGCAGCGCAAACGACUCACCAUUGCAGUAGAACUAGCAAGUAAACCCGAGCUGUUGCUUUUCCUGGACGAGCCCACGUCCGGCCUCGAUUCUCUGGCCGCGUUUAACAUUGUACGCUUCCUUCGCCGACUUGCAGAUGCCGGACAAGCCGUUCUCUGUACAAUCCAUCAACCUUCUGCUGUGUUGUUUGAGAAUUUCGACGAGCUCUUGCUACUGAAAAGCGGUGGAAUUGUUGUUUACAAUGGGCCCCUUGGGAAUGACUCCAAGACGCUGAUUGAUUACUUGGAACAAAAUGGCGGGAGGAAGUGCUCACCACAUGAAAAUCCGGCAGAGUAUAUGUUGGAAGUCAUUGGAGCCGGAAAUCCUGAUUAUAAAGGCCAAGACUGGGGCAAUGUGUGGUCCAACUCGCCAGAAUCCAAGCAGUUUUCCGAUGAACUAGAGGGUAUCAUCGCCUCCCGUCGCAAUGCUCAAAAUGAUGAGAAGGUUAACGACGAUCGCGAGUAUGCAAUGCCUCUCUACGUUCAAACAGUCGCAGUCACCAAGCGCGCAUUCGUGGCUUAUUGGAGGAUCCCGAACUACAUCCUUGGUAAAUUCAUGCUCCACAUUUUCACUGGCCUUUUCAACACCUUCACAUUCUGGCAUUUAGGCAAUAGUUUAAUCGACAUGCAAUCACGACUCUUCUCUGUCUUCAUGACAUUGACGAUAGCUCCGCCGCUGAUACAGCAACUCCAACCGCGAUAUAUCCAUUUUCGAGGCCUUUAUAAAUCUCGCGAAGCUAACUCCAAGAUCUACUCUUGGGCUGCCUUUGUGACGAGCACUAUUAUCCCAGAACUGCCAUACGCGAUUGUUGCCGGGUCAAUUUACUUUAACUGCUGGUACUGGGGGACUUGGUUUCCACGCGACUCGUUCAGUUCCGGCUACGUGUGGAUGUUGCUGAUGCUCUUUGAACUAUACUAUAUUGGACUGGGUCAAUUCAUAGCCGCACUUGCUCCUAAUGAGCUAUUUGCAAGCUUGCUCGUGCCAACUUUCUUUACCUUCAUUGCUUCAUUCUGUGGUGUUGUCGUCCCCUACGUCGCGUUGCCGCAUUUUUGGCAGUCGUGGAUGUACUGGCUUACUCCUUUCCACUAUCUACUUGAGGGAUUCCUUGGAGUCAUCAUGCAUAAUGUCCCCAUACGCUGUAUUGAGCGUGAAGAAUCCCGCUUUAGCCCUCCGGCUGGCAUGAACUGCCAAGAAUAUGCUGGGUCUUAUGCCGAAAAAUCUGGUGGAUAUGUCCGAGACGCUGGAAAUGGGAUUUGCGCAUUCUGUCAAUACUCGACCGGUGAUCAAUAUGCUAAAAGCCUCAAUGUGUUUUACUCACACAAGUGGAGAGAUUAUGGGAUUCUCUGGGCGUUUAUCAUCUUCAACUUUACUCUUGUUUUUGCGUUCUCCUGGUUGUAUUUGCACGGUGUUCGCAACAUGAAACGCUGGUUCAGUGCGCGUAAGACGAGAAAGGGCAGAGACCGUUCUUGA